AUUUUAAUGUGGUUAUUCAUUUUAUCAUAAAUCGUUUAGCCAGUAAUCGCAAUCAGCUUCAAAUUUAAACUGUAAAGAAUUCAGCGGUUUAUGAACGGAAAAAGAGUUACAAAUGUAAGAAUACUAUCCACUUUGAUUGGAAAAAAUUGCAGUUAACAAUGGAUGAUACACAUGUCAGCACAUCUGAUGAUUCGGUAAUCACACUGGAUAAUUCUAAACAAUCCAACUGGUUUAUAUGCAAAGAAGAUAAAACUGAUGAAAAUAUAACAACGUAUGAAAAGCAAAAUCACAUACGUCAACGAUUAUCAGGCGAAAACUAUUCAAAUACACAACCAAAUGUCCCAUUAUUGUACAAUGGACCAUAUUCUUAUUCUGAUCCUAAAGAGAAACAUGACAUGAUUCAAGGGAUCAAUAAGACUAGUAUAUCUAGAACUCCAUCAUCACUACAGAACAAAUCCCAAAAGCUACGAAAAUCUAAUUGGAAUAGUGCGUUACUCUAUUUUAAUCCGUCUGGACGUAUAGUUCAUUCAUGGUGUGGUGUUAUCAGCAUUGUAUUUAUGUAUCAUUUGUGGGUUAUUAUCUAUAGAUUUGCAUUUAAUGAGAUCAAUCAACAAACAGUUAUAUUCUGGUUAACUUUAGAUUAUUUCGCUGAUUUGUUAUAUUUAAUUGAUAUGACUAUAUCGUUAAGAACCGGCUUCCUAGAAGAUGGUGUUAUGCAAUUUGAUGGAAUGAAAAUGCGUUCACACUACCUAAAUUCAUCACGUUUUUAUAUCGAUUGUUUAAGUUUACUUCCACUGGACUUUUUAUAUUUAUCCAUUGGUUUUAAAUCUAUUUUACGUAUAUUCCGAUUGUGUAAAGUGUACAAAUUUUGGCAAUUUAUGGAUAGAGCUGAACGACAUACAAAUUAUCCUAAUUUAAUGCGAUCAACUAAAUUACUGUUGUAUUAUUUAACAUUCUUACAUUGGAAUGCAUGCGUUUUUCAGCUGAUUAACUCAACUGCGGACACCUUGUUCAUGACAUCUUUGACACAGUCGCCAACCUCAGGAACAACUAUAAUUGACGGAUCAAGAACAAACAUUCCAAACUUAAGCGCUGCCCACACUAACCAUCAUACUACCAAUAUUAAUAAUAGUCAUCGUAAUAAUAAUAACCAAAAUAUUAAUCAUACCAGCAACCGUAGUAAUCUCAGUGAAAACGUUAUAAAUAAUGGUAGUUCCUUACUACUAAGAACUAAUCAUUCAUUAAGUAAUAUUGAUAAUGAAACCAUUUUUUCAACAGCAACAUCAGCUUCAGUAAAACUCACUAAUACUGAUGUAGGUUCUCUAAUAACAAUGUCCCCAAAUAAAAUACAAUUAACUCCAGAUCAUCACGAUGGAUAUGAAUAUUUACAUGCAUUUUAUUGGAGUAUGUUAAGUUUAUUUCCUGUUGGUGGAUUUCCAACACCAAAAUGUCCUAUAGCCUAUUUUUAUUUAAUUUGUGAAGGUGUUAUUGGAAUGUUUCUAAUGGCAACUGUUCUUGGACAUGUUAGCAAUAUUGUUACAAAUGUUAGUGCUGCUCAAAAAGAAUUUCAAGCACGGCUUGAUAGUGUGAAAAACUAUAUGACAUUAAGAAGAGUACCAGCAUCAUUACAAGAACGUGUGAUAAAUUGGUUUGAUUUUCUUUGGUACACGAAUAAAAUAACAGAUGAAGAAAAGGUUCUACGAAAUCUGCCGUAUAAAUUAAAAGCCGAAAUAGCUAUUCACGUACAUUUGAAUACAUUAAAACAAGUGGAAAUAUUUCAAGAUACUGAAGAAGGAUUUUUAUCAGAACUUGUAUUAAAACUACGUGUUGUAUUGUUUGCACCAGGUGAUUAUGUAUGCCGUAAAGGUGAAAUUGGUAAGCAAAUGUAUAUUGUGAAUCGUGGAAAAUUGCAUGUUUUAGGUGAUGAUGGGCAUACAGUUUUAGCUACACUACACGCUGGAAGCUAUUUCGGUGAAUUAUCUAUUUUAAAUCUGGGUAAUAAUGGUAAUAGACGUACAGCAUCAGUACGUUCUCUAGGAUAUUCUGAUUUAUUCUGUUUGUCUAAAUCUGAUCUUUGGAAAGUACUUAAAGAGUAUCCAAAUGCAAGAAGUAAACUUGAAGCUGAUGCUUACAGAAAAAUAAAUCAAUAUCAGAAUAUUCCACAGCAAAAUAUGAAAGAUUUUCCAAUCAAAUCUAUUCCAUUUGAGAAGAAAGUUAUGAACUCAACAGAUCCCAUGAAUUACAAUGGAUAUUCUGCACCUGCUCAUGACAGCACACACCUUCGUAAUAAUAAUCUGACAAUUAGUCAAAACAGUCAUUCUCAAUUAGACAUGAAUUCAAAUAAUGAGUGCUUAGUACGUGUUUCCAACAGCGAUGGGUCGGAUGGUUAUGGCAGUGACCCAAGUCGUUGCUCAGCCUUUCUGCCUACACCGCAACGAUCCCCUACUCCAUCAGCCAUUAUGGUGAUGAACAAUUCUGAUAAAACUCAUAUAGCUUCAAACAAUGCACCAUUUCCACAGCUUAAUCCUACAAUCUUCAACGUAACGAGUCAAAGUCAGCCUGUUUAUGAGAAUCGAUCGAGUUCAGUGCCGACAACAGUAAGUGAUAGUUUAGGAAAUUUUACAGCAUUAUGUUCUAAUGAAAACGAACAGGUUUGUAAUUGUUUAAUAGCCGAAUCAAAUAAAUGUCCCCGGUUAAAAUUAUAUCAGAAUAAUCCAAUCCCAUUUGGAAAACAGCGUCAUCUAUCAAUGCCAACAAAUCUGUUUCCUACUGAUGAUUCAUUUUAUCAUCCAAAUAGUAGUCAAUUAAAAGAGUCUAACGUAAAAUCUACACCUAUAGCAUUACAUAGUGGUGUCGUGAUUACUGAUUUUCAUUCAAAUCAAUGGAAAGAAGUAGAAAAUGAAAAGUUGUUUCGUAAAUAUUGUCAUUUUGACUGUUCCAUGAAAGGAAAACAAACAAUAACUUCAAAUUUGGAUAGUUCAAAUCAUGAUGGUACAGUAAAUGGAAAAAGAGUGAUUCCAAUUAUUUGUUUUGAAAAAGCUUCUACACCAUCUAUUUCAGAAGCAACAAUUUCCGAAGAUGAACAAGAAUAUCAAGCUGUUUACGAGCAUACUUCACAACCUUCAUCAUCAUCAUGUAUCAUUAAAGCUCCUUCUUAUUCAUCUUCUAUGCCUAUACCAGAGCCAACACAUGGAAAAUAUUGUACUCAUUUAAAAAUACCAAAACAUAAAACACCUAAUUGGACAGCUAGACGACCUCCAUGGCCUUAUAAAACUUGUUCACAUCAUUAUAAAUCACCAGGUACAUUUAAAACAGGACAUAUUUCUAAUCAUUCAAUAGAAGAUAAUUCAAUGUUUAAUACUAUACAUGGUUACAAACAUAAUAAAACGAAUCAUGAAUUAAUUGAACAAUUAAGUCAUCUCAUAUAUCGAAUUAAUAAAUUAGAAAAUGAAAAUUACAUUUUACAAAAUAGUUUAUUUAAUCAAUCAAAUUCAAUAAUGAUACAACAACAACAACAACACCAAGUACAACCAUCAUUGCCACAACAAAAAUGGUCACCUACAGUAAAUUUAACACGUCAAUAUAGUCUACCAAUAAAAUCAACUAAUGUAUAUCAACAUUUUCAAGAUUAUUUAAAAAUACCAAAUAAUAUACAAAUCAAUGAUCAAAGAUCUACUGAAUAUGAUCAUUCAAAAGAUAUAAAAUUUAAUAUAUCUCAAUCAAAUAUACAUAAAAAUGAAGAAAAUUUAAUAGAUGAAUCCAAUAUAAACAAUAAUAAUAAUAAUAAUAAUAAUAAUAAUAAUAAUAAUAAUAAUUGUCCAGUAUUUACUCUUGAUUAAAGAGAAACAUAAAUGUAAAAUGAAAAACAAAAAAUAAAUGGGAAUAUUAAUUCCAUUUAUUCUAACUUAGUGUUUUUCCAUUACCAAGCCGACCCCCCCACACACACACACGCACCCAAAAAAUUUCAUUUAACAUGUCUAGACAGGAAAUUAAAUCUGAUUGAUUAAUGUUAAUCUUUUUCUUUCUUUUUUUUCUUUCUCUUAGAUACACUAAAUUGAAUAUGACUAAGUGAAUACGGAUGCAUAGUAAUUUUUUACAUUAAAAUUUAAUUCAUAAGUUAGAUAGGAUUGUAAAAAUUUUAAGCUCAUUUGUGAAAUUUCCACUAUUCUGUAAUUUUUGUCCUAUGACUAUUACUGUUAUAUAUACAUAUAUGAACAGCAAAUUUAAAUUGUUUGUAACUAUCUACUUAUUCGUGAAAAAGUAGUAUAAGUAUAUAGAUUACUUUUUUGAAACGUGUUUUUUAUUGUUUUGUUUCUUUAUACAGUAAAAGUAAUUAAUUAUCAUGCCUAUCGUUAUUCUAAAUAAAAUUCAAUCAUAAUUCGUAUAGAUGCUUGUUUUUUAUGAUAAGUUGACAAAUUCUGCUAGAUUACCAGUAGUAGAUUACUUAAAUGUUAUAUCGAAAUGUAGUUAGUUCGGAAAUCAUUUUCUUCAUUAGUUACUAGCUAUAAACGGCUUCCUUUAAUUUCUGAGUGGAAUUUAUAAAUUUUAUAUUCAUUCAUAUCGGAACUCAAACAGUUCUCAAAGGAUUACAUUGGAUUAGAAAUCUAAAUGAAUUUGAUAAUGGGAAAUGAGUGGUAUGCUGGUUUGUAUAAUACCUAAAGGUCUUGAAUUUCCCUUUGUGUUUUAUUUUUUGGCGUAAACGGAUGAUAAUUAGUAAAGUGAAAGGAAACAGUUACACUGUCCUUCCUGGCGUUGAUUGCUUCAGAAAAUAAUUUUUGUUCGUAAUAUGAACUAUUCGCGAACAAUAAUAUAUAAAAUAGUACAAUACAAUUUUGAUUUCUAAUUAAUAUACAGUCACAAAAGAUUGAUUAUUUUUCAAGUUCACGGUUACUUAUCAGGAUAUAACUAUAAUUUAUGGUCGAACGUUUUUCAUUCUGUUGGUAAUCGCUACGUUAGUUUAGUCGAUCAGCUAAAAAUCUUUCCUGGAUUUGUUUGGAACUUUAGGAGUCUCUUAGUAAACUUAAAAUUCAUCUACGUAUCUUUUUAUACCCAUAAACUGAGUUUUUAGUACUAUUUGUUAUUAGUAAAAUAUACUGUUUAUGUACCUAGCAUCUUUUGAGAUCAUUUUUGCCAAAAAAUUAAGAUAUUCAACGCUUAGUGGGGAUGGGAAUUUAUUCACUUGUAUAAAGUAUAUGUGCUCGAACUCGCAAUAAGUCAUUCAUACUUAUUUAUGUAAAAUAUUUCAAAAACUGACGUGGUCAUAUAUAUCCUAUUCAAAAUUAUCGCACGAUAAGUAUUAAUAUGUUAGGCUAAGAUACUUUAUAUUUACCUUAUAUUCUGUCCUAAUGACAGAUAAUUAUUGAAACACUGAGAACCUAAGUAAACUACCUUCUAUUAUGCAUUAAAAAGACUAUACUUCUUUCUUUAAAUAGAUUAGACUCUGAUAAGUUAACCGUCAUUCACGUUAUUCAAUCAAAUUCCAUAUUAAAAAUAGCCUUCGGAUAAUCAAGAAAUUACUUUGGAUGAGCCGGUUAUGUCUUCUGACAUGAGAUUAUUGAGGCAUUAAUUAUAUCAUGAAAAACGACUUUAUCAGUAUAGAAGAUAUGGAGAUUGUUGAAUAUUGUUGAGAUCACGAACCGAUCUAAGUCAUAAAACCACUGAAGGCCUGAAAGCUCGGUACUUUUAACACGUAGCAUAUAUUUUACUUAAUAUACGUUUAACUUUUCCAUAGCAAUAUUGUAGAAGGUAUAUUUGACUGUAUGUCUGACAACUAGUGUUUCACUUCCGCUCUCGAAUUUAUCUGCUAUGUAAAAUAUAAUUACCUUAUCUCCUACUUGUUUUCUCCACCCAACACUGUUUGAUAUAUGGUGAGUCAGUAGUAUGGUGAAUUCAUUGAAAACUAAUAUUUCUGUAUUACCUAUAAGUCCAUACUUCUUAUCAAUUUUUAUCUGAUCACAAAUAAAAGCUCUGUCAUUCAUUUAAGUCAAGUUUUCAUUUCCACUUUAUAUCCAUUAUAAUUAGCAUCAUUUUUUAAAACAUUAUUUCAAUUCAGCCAUUCACCUAAUUAGAUUUUAUCGAGCAAUCUUCAGCUGUUACUUCAAUCAUAACAUUUUGCAUAUGUUUCUUCUACUUUUUAAUAGUAUGGUCUGUUUCAUCUACUCUAAUCACCAGUAAAUUUAAAGUUGUUAUAAAUACUCUUCAUUAGUGAACAAAUGACCCUAUUCGAUCUAUGUUCGUAAAACAUUUUACUUGUGUAUUUAUUUGUACCAAUUAUUGUGCGUGUAGAGUGAUUUGAAACACACUAAACGAAAUAAAUUCAUCUUAUUCCAUAAUACUUGUUGCUCCACCUUUACAAAAAUGAAAAUUUUUCAAAAAGCAUCAAUAUUCUGAUAAUAAAGAAUAAAUUCACCCUUCUUAGUCUUUUUAUUCACAUAUAAAGUCACUUCAGUAAACAAACAGAGAGCAUUUUAAAUUAGAUAUUCAAUAUAUAAGAUCCAAAUAUUUUUGAAGUCAUUCAAAAGCUAGCUAAGUUCCGAAUCGUUUGGCUCAUUUAGUAUUAUUUACCUUCCGAAAUCAACUGUUGAUUAAAAUAACUACGUAGGUUUAGUCAAACUCAAAGUUUAUUCUAUUAUGUAAACUUGCCGAGCUAAUACUACAGGCAAAAACAGGUUCAAAAAUAUGGAAGUAGAAAAUAGCAGAACGUGCAAACAUCAACUAAUUACAUCUUUCUGACGCCAGCCAAGUGAAGAGCAGGAAAACCAAACUAAUGGUUAGAUGAUUACCUGUCACCACUACUAAUGCUCCUUAAGCUAUGUUUGAAUUUAGAUUUAUGAGAAAGAUUACUACUUGAACCGCGAAAACAAGGAUUGCGAUUUUUCUUCACCACUAGUAAAUGAAUAUCUGAAAAUGUCCAAAAUACAAUUUGCUAGGUUUGCUUAAACGAUAUAACUUUGUAUUGAUGACGGUUCAUGAGGAAAGAUGAGAAACUUUCCCCAGGUUGGAGAUAGAAAGCGAUAAUACUCGGGAUCUCAUUUGAGUUUUGAUCCCAAUCUUCUGAUUUUUAUGGUCAUGACCUGUAAAUUUCCCUUUUUUAAACUGUUUUGGUGCAUUAAGACAGAUGCGUCAGUAUCGCUCACUCUUAUUUAUUGAUUACCCGAUUAUUAAGCAUAAAACUUUGCAAUACAGACGCAUUUGAACUAUAACUUAUCUCAAACUUCUUCGACGAACUUAACAAGUGGUGGUGCUUUAAAAUCAAUCCCAGUCUGAAUAAAGUUACGUAUACUGGUUAGGGUGAUUAUCAUCCAUGUCCAGCUGAAAAAAGUCAUAUAAUAAAAACCCAGUAGUGAUUUGAGGCAUUAGAUGAAAAACGAUGGCGGAUUAUGAAAUAAUUACUACUAAAGGGCUUUUAUUCAUAUGGCCCAAUCAUUCAGUCUUCAAAAGCUUCAGAAGUUUUAUAUUUUGCACACUAUACCUAACUUAACCAGAACUUCAUACGGAAUGCUAGACGUGGACCAUAUUUGCCGAAAGAGUGAGACGUUGGCUAUUUCUAAAGUGAUGUAUGCAACGUUAGUAGCUGAACCUUUUGUCCUCUUAUUAGACAAAUAAUCACAAAAGUCAAGUGAUUUCUUUCGUUUUACUGUCUAAAAACAAUAUUAGAUCAACUUUAUGCCUUUCUAAAAUUAAUUAUUUAUGGAGAUCAAAUAAUCUUACUUGAGAAAACUGGAUUACAAUUUUUCAGUUGGGUAGUUAACGGCUGGAGCUUCUUAAUAAAUGAGGUGAUAUUAUCCUACAUGGCGUUAGUGUUGCAGGGAUAGUUACAAUGAUACCUGUCUGAAGAGCUAAAAAAUUAGACAGCCUGAUGUUUCUGUAGCUGAGGAUCGUAACCCAGUGGUAGAGACGAGUUGGCUGCCUAAUAUAAAUUAAGCAUAUUGAGCAAAUAUAUGGAGUUCAGCAAUUUAGGAGCGAUAUGAUACAUCUAUUUGAUUUUUACCAUACUUUCGAUGAAAAUUUCUCUUUCUUUAUAUUCCUAAAAUAGGAGAAGGACGCCUAAGAGAAAGUAUUCUGAGAACUUAAUUGCUCAUCUACCUUAUAAAAUUCAAAACGGAAGUUGACUUGUACUGAAUUUAAGUUGACAGAAAUCGAGUUCGUAUGAGUGGUAAAUAAACCCCCAAACAAAUAAUUUUUUAAGUCUCCAAUAUUGGUGCUAAUCUCACUAGUUUUACUGGUCACUUCCUAGCUGAGGGCACUCGGGUAAGCAUCCGCACCAGACUAUCGUUGGAUACGCCGUGCUACGCAUCCCUUUCAACUAGUUAGCAUAGAUCACUUCUGGAUAUAUUGACUAUCUUCCAGAAAUAUCUUCCAACCUAUUUAUCCAUGAAUUCUGGUUUGACUGGCUUUUGGACUCUCGAUUAUACAAGUGUUACGAGUAACGUCGUAGUCAAGCACCGAAUAUCUGCGACAUCUUUGUGCAUUUAUGACUGACUGAUAAAUAAAACUAAACAUCCAUAAUCUUUUGGGCGAAAUGAAUGGAUUUCAGAUUUUCAGUUCUGUACAUCGCACUGUUUAUUGCUACUUCAUUUUGAUAUAGCUUGACAUACUUCGCGAAAAGUCAUUUGAAUAGUAUAAACGCCCUUCUAUCUCAUAGCAGCAUUAUCCACUGAUAUGACAGUUGAAGCUACGUGUUUAUGUAUACUUAUGGCAUUUUAAUCCAUAAUGUCAAAGGAGCUUAACAAGUAUUUUAAAAACACGGAAACAUUAGUAAAGUCAUGAAAAAUAAAAGAUUCGAUGGUUUACUUCUCAUGCAAAUAGUAUAUGUGACUAUCACAAAAUUAUUAUUCCUGGUAUAUUGGUAUUCUGUAGAGGAAAUUACUCUCUAAAACAAAUAGCUUUUUACAUAUCAGGUAGUCAGAAUAGUGGUGUCAUGUUUAUAUCCCUCUAGCUUCAAUCAGCUUUCUUUAGUUGUAACUCCUUUCACUCUUUUUGUACCUUUCUUUGAUGUGAUAUACGUGAAAGAGUCUGAUACCAACGUCAUAUGAUUCUGUUGAAUACAGACAUCAUUCGUGAUAAAAAUAACGAUUAUGUUAAGCAGAAAGAUCCAAACAAUUCAGAUUCCGCUUAGCUCUAUGAAGGCACAAAAAAUUCGAUUUAUUCAAACCACUGGGAACAUUAAAUGUAUUUGAGUUCAUUAUCGAAAAAUAUUUUCGAAUAGGAGAUAAACUAAACAGACACACAUGACAAUGUUACAAGAACCAUAAUAUCAAAAACAACUUCGAAAAAGUACAAAAUAAGCAUUAUAGAGCUUAAGACUAAGUCAAUAUAAAAUACGUAUGAUUGCCAAAGUAUGAGCCACACACACAAAACAACAUUUGGUAAAAACUGAAAAAAGGAAAUCACAACUCCGACUAAGCUCUCCUUUAAAUUGGAAAUCAUGAGGCAGUAUAUACGUAGAAUUUCAGAAAAUAUGAAAAAUAUGAACAGUGACAAUUCACUGGCAAAUAUACCUUGAGAAUAAGGGAGCACAACUCCUUUUAAAAUAAACAAAAAAAUUUCUAAAACCGCAAAUGGGACAAAGUAAUAUAUGUUACAGAAAAGCAAAACCUGUAAGAAUGAAGAGGAUCGCACCAAAUGAACCUUUGGGUUACCGUCAAACUGAUCAUCUUUUGUAGACAUUUGAAA